CACAUACACAGCGGCAGCGAUUUCCUGCGCUCUGACCCCUCCCGUUCAGACUACAUUUACAUGAUGAAAGCUGUACCGGGCCGGUGGGCAGGGAUUUGACCCCCGCUCCAGCCCGUACCUGGUGUAGGUGACGUCACGGUCAUGCUGUCCGUCUGCAGGGUUUUCCUGAGGGCGGUUAGCCAGCGGUCUGCGGCCAGCGCAGGACAGCACACCAGCACCCCCUACCUGCAGAGCUUCAUCCUGCAGCACACAGAGGUGGUCAGCGCCGGGCACCUCACUCCAGAGAUACAACUACUGCUGCUCACCCCGAACUGCAGAUACUGGCACCUCCGCCCCGAGCACUGGCCCUAUGGCGACCCCUACUGGGCUAUUUACUGGCCCGGGGGGCAGGCGCUGGCCCGCUACCUCCUGGAUAACCCAGAAAUUGUGAGGCACGGCCGGGUUCUAGAUUUCGGAAGCGGCUGUGGGGCUGCAGCUAUUGCUGCUGAAAUGGGAGGAGCCUCUUAUGUUCUAGCCAAUGACAUUGAUCCGGUUGCAGGUGCCGCCUUCGGUCUGAACUGCCAGCUGAACAGAGUGAAGCCGCUGCCCUUCCAGGCGGAGAAUAUGAUAGGUCGCGACACGGAGAGCUGGAGCCUGAUUGUGCUAGGUGACAUGUUUUAUGACGAGCAGCUGGCUGAUCACCUCCACCGAUGGCUCAGGCGUUGUAUGCACCAGCAUGGGACCUCCGUCCUCAUUGGGGACCCAGGAAGAGGACAUUUUUUGGGGCACCCAAUAGGGAAACAGCUGUUGAAAGUAGCAGAAUAUCCUUUACCGGAAGCUAGCCGGCAAGAAAACUAUGGGCUGACGACCACUGCCGUAUGGGAAUAUGUCCCCUGAUUUAUGGGCACUAUGCAGAGUAUGAUGAUACGUGUAACUAACGUUACGCGUUAACAAGCUGAAUAAUAUAGAUAAAGUAACGUGGUCACUCUUCUACAGCAGAGUAUGUAAUAGACAUAAGGGGACUGACAGGCUUGCAGAGGAGCUCUGUGUGGAUUCAUGGAUUCAUACUGUGGCAGAAUCAACGAUGUCACAGCAGCUUAGCAGACUGCAGUCUCUGAUUUUUCUCAGAUCUCUGAAGAGGUAAUAGAGGGUGGCUCCAGCGGUCUGUAAUAGGUUUAAAUGUCCUCUGCACUAUAUGAGAGCGAUUCGAUGUGCAAUGCAUAUUGGAACCGAUGGUCGAUGGUAACAGUGCAUAUUGGAACCAUACUAUGACAGCUCCUAUGGAAGUAAUAAAGAAAUCAGCUCAAAUGUGGGUGGCUCCAGAAACUUCCCUCCUUACUGCCAGCUCUGCGGAAGCCCUGAGGAAGUGUGUGCACUUAUGAUAGCGCUAGGCUCGGUAGCGCAGUCUGGACACUUAAGAACGUCCUUCAAUUAUCAGGUCACUUCUGGAUAUCAGGUACCAGUGCAUUGGGAGAACACAAUAAGACAAACACACGGGAUAUGUCUCAUAAGCAUUGUAGUUUACGGUGUUACAACAAGCGUAUAUAUAUAGGCAUUCAGUACACAUCUAGCCAUCGUUGGCCAGCUCAUAUUUCUAUCCCCAAAGGUGGGGGCACACACAACAGUUGUUCAAUGUAACAUAUGUUCUUUUCCAUUUUUGUAACAGUCAAUGCACAAUGGGGGUAAUUCCAAGUUGAUCGCAGCA